ACUGCACCUCCCCUCCCUCCCUCCCUGCAAAUGGCUAUAAAUCCCCCCCGCCCGGCCGCAGCUGACACCAGAAGCGAAAACCGCCUUGCUUACACCGCCCUUGGCCCCUUGACCCGCCCCAGGAUGCUGGACGUCGACUACCCACAGUUUGAAGGAUCCCAGUAUGGAUAUAUGUAUCACACUGGCAGCAUCUACGAUUUGGAUUCUUGCAAGCAAGAACUCUCAUUUCCUUCCUGCAUUGUAGACCCUGAGAGCUCCCCAGACAGCUGUGUGAACUGGCUCGAGCUGCAAGAGCCGGGCUACGCUGACUUCGAAGUGGGGCACUUGGCCCAGCUCCAGAAUGUCCAAGUCGCCUAUGUGCAAAGCUCUUACUCUCCGCCCUCCCUGGAGUCAGUCUACAACCAUGCUGAGAUGAUGCCCUUGGAGAACAUGUGUGUUGGAUCCAAGGAUGAGUUUAAUGCUCAGAUCUACAUCCCAUAUGAUCACUAUUCUGUUCCUGAGGCUGCUUCCAGCUCAUCUUCUGAGGAGCCACCUCUCGAGUUGUCUGAUAGUGAAUCGGAUGAAAAUCUCUUGACAGGAUUUGAUCCAGGUGGGUGCCUCCGUCCCCCAUUCUUAAAUUUCAAAUGUGUCUCGGACUCGGGAGUGGUCUCCUCACCCACUCAGGUCUGGAUUGAUUACUCUUUCGAUGGGGUCUUGUUCUAA